UUUCUCACUGGUUCUGAAACCAGUCCUUCUCCGCCUCAGAGUGAACACAGACAAUCUCUCCCUUCCUCUCAACUUUGCCUCCCUGAUAUCUCGGGCCAGCUCUGUUUUUUUUUUCUUUAUUCUCUAGUCCUUUGUUCUCUCCCUGCUUGGCCAAGUGUUGUCCACCUGCUCUUGUGGGAUAUCCCGAAGCCUCCUGGCGGCCAGCCGGGCGCUGUGUUAGUGAAGCGCGUGCAGUAGCUGCGCCAAGUUCUCUGUGGGAGUGGAGCGUGCGCGUAUGGAUCCCGGCACUGGCUGCUACUCGGGGCGCAGUUAAGAGGAACUAAGGAUGGUGCUCAAAUUUCUAGAAAAGGAGACAAAGCAUGCAGGAUCUAUACCAGUCAUAAAAUCAAGUCAUGAUGGUAGAAUCUGAGUCCAUACGGUCCACCCCAACCAGCCAAAAUGGAGUUGGAAGUCUCCCUAACCAAUCUGACAGUUGUGUUGGAAGAGAAGGAUCAGGCAGUGGAGAGACCAAUGGAGAGCUAAACCCAGCUGAACUUCUUCAUUUUCAGCAACAACAGGCUCUGCAGAUGGCAAGGCAACUUCUUCUUCAGCAAGCAACAGGUUUGAACUCCCCUAGCACAGAUAACAAGCAGCCCUCAGUACAGGUCCCAGUUUCCGUUGCUAUGAUGUCCCCUCAGAUGAUCACCCCCCAGCAGAUGCAGCAGAUUCUGUCCCCAGCACAGCUCCAGGCUGUCUUACAGCAGCAGCAGGCACUCAUGCUACAACAGUUGCAGGAGUAUUACAAGAAACAACAGGAACAGCUGCACCUUCAGCUUCUCUCUCAACAACAGGCAGGGAAGCAGCAACCCAAAGAGUUAGCUUUGGGAAACAAGCAAUUGGCAUUCCAGCAGCAACUGUUACAAAUGCAACAACUGCAGCAACAGCACUUAAUAAACCUCCAGAGGCAGAACCUGGUGGGACUCCAGUCUGGGCAAGGGCCAGUACCAAUGCAGAGUCUACCACAAGUAUCCCCAUCAGACCUGCAUCAGCUCUUAAAGGAGAUGAGCAGCAGUCAGGAAGAAUCCAGUAAACAGGACACUGUUGACCUGAUGACCUCAAUCACUACCUCAUUCCCAACUACCAAGGUUUCACCUCCUACAAUGCACCCAUCCUUAUCUAAUGGGCAGAAUACACGCAGAGAGAGCACAUCCCAUUAUGAAAGUUCACACCUACUUUAUGGUCACGGUGAAUGCAGAUGGCCAGGCUGUGAAGCUCUUUGUGAAGAUAUGGGGCAGUUUAUAAAGCAUUUAAACACAGAGCAUGCUCUUGACGAUCGCAGCACUGCUCAGUGUCGUGUCCAAAUGCAAGUGGUGCAACAACUCGAAAUACAGUUGGCAAAGGAGAGUGAGCGAUUACAGGCAAUGAUGACUCAUCUUCACAUGAGACCAUCAGAACCAAAGCCCUUCAGUCAACCACUGAACUUGGUAUCGAGUGCAUCCAACAACAAAAUGUCCCAUGACACCUUCCCUGAUGGCUUACCUCAACCCCCUACAUCUGCUACUGCUCCUAUUACUCCAUUGAGGCAAGGCACCUCUGUGAUUAGCUCCUCCAGCCUACCUUCUGUGGGUCCUGUGCGUCGACGAAUUGUGGAUAAGUUUUGCACCCCAAUAUCAUCAGAACUUGCUCAAAAUCAUGAGUUUUAUAAGAAUGCUGAAGUACGUCCUCCAUUCACAUAUGCCUCAUUAAUUCGACAGGCUAUUUUAGAAACACCAGACAGACAGCUGACAUUAAAUGAGAUUUACAAUUGGUUCACACGCAUGUUUGCAUACUUUCGGAGGAACACUGCUACUUGGAAGAAUGCAGUUCGUCAUAACCUGAGUUUGCAUAAGUGCUUUGUACGUGUGGAGAAUGUGAAGGGAGCAGUGUGGACGGUAGAUGAGCUGGAAUACCAAAAGAGAAGACCACCAAAGAUGACUGGUAGCCCGACCCUUGUUAAAAACAUGAUAUCGGGGCUGGGAUACAGUGCCCUGAAUGCAAGUUACCAGGCUGCCCUUGCAGAAAGUAGCUUCCCACUUCUCAACAGCCCACCACUGCACAACAGUUCAGGCAGUGUCCUCCAUGGUGGGCAUGAUGAUGUAACCAGCACUGGGGAACCUGGAAACAGCAAUGGAAGCAGCCCUCGUCUGUCUCCUCAGUAUAGUCAGUCCAUCCAUGUCAAGGAGGAGCCAGCAGAAGAUGAUGUCAGACCUGCCUCUAUUUCUGCACCUACUAACCAAACUACAGUCCUGCCAGAAGAUCGUGACCUAGAGUCAGAGUCGCCCAUGGAAGACUUGCCUUAGUGGCACCUCUAUUUUGUAAUUUCCAUUGUCCCAAAGUCCAGCACUUCCACCAGAGACCAACCUGUCCUCCAAGCCUCAUCUACUCUAAAAGAGACUUAAACUUGAUUCUUAUACAUACUUUUGGGACCAACCAUCAUCUGGCAGCACUUCUGUGGUUUAUGGACUGAAGGGAAACUCCCAGAAUCAUUUUCCCCAUGGACAAAGAUGGGCUGGGUAUUGAUUCUUCUUCUGACCUCUGACAAUGUCAGGGAUAAAGUUCCAAUCCUGUGUUUCCCCUCCCCCACUGCAUUAUAUGAAAUUAUGGACAUAUUUCACCAUUGCAGUUAGAGAUAACCCUGAACUCCAUGAAUAUGCCCUUACAAUGCAUGCAGGAUUGGGGGUCACUUUUGCUAGCCUUCUGUUGGUCAAUUUUGAAGGUACCAAAAAAUAACCAAACUUUUUUAUUUAUUUUGGCUUUGUGUGUUUCAGAUCAAUUUUAAUGAUGGCACACUUCACACAUAGAUGUGAAUUAUUGGUACACGCAUACAUGCACAGUAGCCAUGCUUAAUGAUACAAGAUUGUGCACAGAUUUACACAAACUUAAAUAUGCGCACACCCUGUGCACAAAUGGAGAAAACAAAAGAGUAGGUCUGAAUUUAGAUUGGGGCUUGUUUACUGUUUUAUGUUUAUCUAAAAAAAUGUGCACUGAAUAAGGUGCUGUAGCUUUAUAGCUUUCACAGGAAUGAAUACCAGUGAGUUAAAGGUGACAUUGCUUCUUCAAAUUAGGAAAACAUAUUAUUUUCAGGGUACUUUUGAGAACGAAAUAACCUUAUAAUAACCUUUUUCACUUUAGUAUCAAAGGGCUUCCAGGUACACCAUACAGUACGUUGACAAAUACAGGAAAGAAGGGGUGAAAGGGGAAUUCACACUAAAAUAUAAGCUGCGCUUAUAAAAGAGAACAUUUUACAUCAUCAUAGAAUUGACAUAAGAUACAUGGGCAAUAUGAAUAAAAAUUGAACUGCGGCAAGGUGUACUUUGACUAAGAUGUAGUGUAAACAUUGGUGGUAAAAUUUUCUUUUGGUGCCAUUCUUCCACCAUUAGUUGGCUAAAAUUAGAGUUAAAAAAGGCAAAAAGCUUGGAAACUA